AUGAAAAAGCUUAACAGACGUUUAAAUUUUUUCUACAGGUUAACUUUACUAGCCAUUUUAAACAUGGUUUGCCUCUCGAACUGCGCUAUGCAAACACCAGCCUUACAGAAACAUGAAGGUCUCGAAAGAGAGGACCUAAUUACGAGCUACUUCAAUCAAGGUUUAACUAACGCUGAGAUAGUUGGUUUACUUGUUCUACGACAUGGUAUUGUUUGCUCCGUGCGAACAUUAAAACGAAUUCUCAAGCGUUUAGGGCUAAAACGAGCUAGGCAUAGCACUGAAUCCCUCACAGAACACAUAGUCGGUGCUCUUCUGGAAGAAUUGGAGAAUUCAUGUGGCUCCUUCAUGGGAUAUCGUCAGUUGACAAGGCGACUGAGACGUAAGUAUGAUUUGAAAGUGAGAAGAGAUACUGUGAUGAGAGCACUCCGCAUCAUAGACCCCGUAGGAGUUGAACGUCGCCAAAAACGUGCCCUAAAGAGAAGAAGGUACAGUACCCCCGGUCCGAAUUUUUUAUGGCAUGUCGACGGCUGGGAUAAACUUGCGCCAUUUGGUAUUUUUAUUCAUGGAGCUGUAGACGGCUUUUCUCGACGAAUUCUCUGGUUGGAAGUCAAUUCAGCGAAUAAAAAUCCUAACGUUAUUGCCUCCCACUACCUCACUACAGUACAGGAACUCGAAGGGGUUCCUAGACGGAUGCGUUGCGACCGGGGAAGGGAAAAUACAAUCAAUGUAAGCCUUCAACAGUUUUUUCGAUGGCACGACGUGGACGAUUUUGGUGGAACGGAAAGUUUUCUGGAGGGCAAAAGUUGUGGGAAUCAGCGUAUCGAAGCCUGGUGGUCCAAAUUUCGUGAAGGAGGAGGCGGAUGGUGGAUGAAUCUUUUCAAAGACCCGCGUGAUACUGGCUUUUACAGAGAUGAUUAUCUUACCAAGGAAUGCCUGAAGUUUUGUUUUAUACCUAUAAUUUGACGAGAACUGCGUCUUGUGGCAGAACUUUGGAACACUCACCAUAUUCAGCGACAGAGGCGGUGCGACGUAAAAGGCGGUAAACCAGACGUUAUGUUUUUUACUCCUGAAGUUUACGGAAAACAGGACUAUUUGGUAAAUGUAGACAAAGAUGAUAUAAGUGCGUGCAAACAAAUUUAUGCCGAGAAUUGCGUUGAUUACAAUGUGGAUAUGGAAGAGUUAGUGAGACUAAUCAAAACAGACUAUCAACCCCCAUUAAAUGAGUACGAGGCUCUUAAAUUGUAUUCCGAAAUAAUUGUUCUUUUAAAAAACCAUUAA